AUGGGCUAUACGCAAGAGCCGCUGCCUUGGACGCUCAGCGGUAGAAGUGUGCAGAGAUACGGUUUGGACGCCCCCUUCCGGCAUCGUGAGGUGAUUCGAACGUGGAUAGAAGAUAUCUUCACCCGGGGAGGGAGUGACAAGCACUUGAGCUUGCAUACUACGGUGGAGAGGGCGGAGAAGGUCAACGGGGAGUGGAAAGUGAUUGUUGUGAGUGGGUCAGUUUCCGCUCAUGAACUCGUGCAUGAAAUCCUUCCUUUUGCCCAAAAGCCCCUCAUUUCUUCCAUCAGGGGAGAUCCGAUCCCAUCGUUUGGCUGGACGCCAUUCAUACACCCUCACAUUGUGAUCAAGAAGCAGAUAUCAAGUCUGUGUCUGACGACAGGGACAGUCUUUUUCACGGACGGAUCUAAAGUCAAGGAUGUGGACCAUAUCAUCUUUGCUACCGGCUACACGUUCAGCUUUCCGUUUCUACCAGUCGUUCAGGAGAGAGUGAAGAAAGCAAACAGGAGACUUCCGGGCGUUUAUCAGCAUACGUUUGAUAUUCUCGACCCAACACUCACAUUUGUUGGCAUGCUUGGAGGAGGGUUUACAUUCAAGGUAUAUGAGUGGCAAGCCGUUGCCGUGGUUCGUCACUUGGCUGGUCGUGCUCAGCCGUUACCACCAUUUGCUGACCAACAACGCUGGGAAGCAAAGAGAGCGGCUGCCAAGAAAGGGGGCAAAGACUAUUACAGCAUUGCUCCGGAUUACAAAGACUUUUUCGAGUUUUCUGAGAAAAAUUGCGGGCGAUCCCAAGGAGGGAACAACAGGCCGAGUGCUGCCCGCAUUUUGCGAUGAGUGGCUGACAGUUUGGAAGGGCAUGGUGGCUCACAAACUCAGGGGGUUUGAGAAGGAGAGGGAAAGGGCAGAGGAGGAGGUGAAACAAGAACCACUUAGGUCUAGAUUGUGAUCUAACAGCCGUAGUAUCUACGCUCAUAGAGGAUGAUUGGUUUGUCAAUUCCAAGCUCUUUGGAAAUG